GUUGUGUUGUUCUUGUCUCAAAGCCAGGCGAAGACUGAAAAGAGCAUCAUCAACCAAAGCCCAAGUGCUCCAGUUCCACAGCAGAACAAAUAUUCGCAAAUUCGGGAAAAAGAAGUGAAAACUCAAAACCAAUGGCUGAUAGGGCAGUUUCAGAAGAAGCCUCCAUGGCCGGCCACGCUACGAAGCUUGCCUCCAUUCCUGCCAGCGACAACACUGUCUGGGCCGACGCUUCGCCUCUCCUUGAAGCCGCCUGUAGAGGUCUUAGAGAUGGAGAGCUUAUUCACGGGGAUAAUUUCAAUCUUUUUGCUGCCAUGUCUGCUUUAGAGAUAAUGGAUCCAAAGAUGGAUUCAGGUAUUGUUUGUAGAUACUAUUCUAUUGAAGAGGCCAUUGAAAAUGGUGCUGCUCCAAUUCCUAUUAGCCUUGAGAGCACUAUUGAUGUCCAAUGCACUAUUGAUAUUAUGGACCAUCUUCUAGCUUGUGAGGCAGCAUGGCAUAAGGGUCAUUCCUUGGCGCAAACUGUCUUUUCAUGCAUCUAUCUUUUGAGGCUUGAUAGGACAGCUUCACAUGCCUUACUGCAUUCUUAUUGCAGAGUUAUACGCACAACCUGCAAGGCAGUUGUGUCAGUUGUUUCAGAUGCACGUACACAUGAAGAGGAGGAUCUUUUUACAAUGACAUAUGGUCUUCCUUUGAAUGGGGAUGGUGAUGAGAAGUGCUUGUCAAUGUUGAAUGCUGUUGAAGAGACAAUAUCCCGCCAGUUGCGUGCGUGUAAAGCUACAUCAUCAAAAAGAAGGGUAUCAGAGGAUUUAGAGCCAUUACAGUCCAAUACCAAUCUGGAAGAAGGACUCUGCAAAGCUUUGUUAUGUCGCUUACGUUUUCGUAAGCAUUUUUUCCAUGUUCUUACAUGUAUGAAGCGACCCCAGGGGAGAGGUUUGGAGUUGGCAAGAAAACAUAUAGCUUCUUGCAUAUUGGAGCUAGAAUCCAUUCUUAAAUCAGCAGAGUUUCUAAGAUUUUGUUCUGAUGAAUUUUGUGAAGAUGAUAUUGAAGACAAAACCACUGCUUCUGGUCGUGAACCAAUUGGGUUUGAUGCUACAUUAAACAGUAGAUUAUCUGCCCCCACACCACCACGUGCAAUUAAAAUUCUUAGUUGGAAAAAGGCUGUUGAAUAUUUUGUAAAACUUCUUCAUGAUCUAGAUGUUAUGUGCUCUUACUCAUUGGAUCCUCAUUUAGAAAGUCUUCUGCGCUUUGUGGUUCAGUUCCAGAAGUCUCAACCUGAUUUGGUUGCUAGAGCUCAUCUGCAGCUUCUACUGGUUCAAGAUGGCAAACUCUACGGACGUGAUCCAAUCUUUGCAGUGAUAACUAAAGCUGCUGCAUUGCCUGAAGCCACCAAAAACCAUGAUAUUCAGAAGAAUGAAUAUAUUGUGCAACUAGGGCAGUUGGUAGUGAAUUUGCUCAAAAUACUUUGUACAAAUGUUGCCUGGCAAAGGCGUAAGCUCGGGAAAAUUUUACAAGAUUGGCGUGUUAUUUAUGUACAGCUAGAGCUUGCUUUUAGAAACGAGUUUGGAGAAGUCUCAAGCAGUUCAAAUGCGGAGAAUAUAUGUAUGAAAAUAUUCCAACAUAUCCUCAUUUGGGUGGAAGAGCAAACAUACUGGAUAGCUUGUCGAUUUCUCAUACUGGGUUUUGAAUUGGAUCUCUAUUCUGCAAGUGAAUACUGCAUGGUAUAUUGGUAUUUGUAUGCUGUCUUGAUCAAGCUUGCAGAGAAAACUCAUCUUAAGACGGCUUUUAGCUAUGACACUGCUAAACGGAAGGGAAAGAAGAAAAGGGAUUCUCCUAAAGAUUUGGCUAGGGAAUCUCGGAUCCCACCAGCAGUUUUGUUCCUUCAAUGCUAUAUAUGUCUUGCAGAAGGACUUACAAUGAUGCUUGCUGCUUUGAGGAAUGAAAUCAUGGUCUUGCAGAGUCCAAGCCCCUUUAAUACUGAGCAGGAGAAAUUUGUUCAGCAUUUCGAGCUUUUACAAAGAGCCUGCAUUCCUGAUCAUGUUUCAUACCCAUCAUUCAAGGAAUCAACAACUCAAGCUCGCUUUUCUACACUAGUUAUGUAUAAUUACUUCAAGGAUGCUCAGAGGAUAGCUAAGGAGGUCAAGAGUAGUUUUUCCAAUGAUCCAGACAGAUUGGCUGAACUCCGAAGACUAGAGCAAGUUGCAGAGCACAACAGUGUUGCCCUAAAUCUGAUUUGUCGGGUAGGAGCUCUUGACCCAUCACUGAAGGUUUCUUUUGAGUUCAGCCAUCAUCCAUUUUUCGCCACUGCCAUUGUCAGGAGAUCUUGAAGGUUUCUUUUGAUGAUCUCUACCAAUUUUGAAGCACAUAUACAGGUUUAAGAAGCUUUUGAGUCUUGUGUAGCAAUUGUAAUAUUAGCAUGUUUUUAAUCAAUUUUCUUAAUUAUUUAUAAUAUAUGAAUAUUGUAAUUGGAAAAUAAUAGCAUGAAAAUAAAUACAUUCUUUAUGUUA